UACACUUUCAUGCACAAUGCCACCACAGCUCCGGACAUAUCAUACUAUGAUUACAUCAUCGUCGGUGGUGGCACCGCCGGCUGUCCCUUGGCCGCCACUCUCUCCCAAAACUACAGCGUUUUGCUCCUCGAGCGUGGCGGCUCGCCCUAUGGCAAUCCCAACAUCACCAACCUCUCUGCCUUUGGCGCCGCCCUCUCCGACACCUCACCGACCUCGCCUUCCCAACGCUUCAUCUCCGAGGACGGCGUCAUCAACUCACGCGCCCGUGUCUUAGGCGGCGGCAGCUGCCUCAAUGCUGGAUUCUACACACGCGCCGGCACUGAUUAUGUGAGGGAAGUGGGGUGGGACGGACGGCUAGUGAACGAGUCAUACCACUGGGUGGAGCGGGUGGUGGCGUUCGAGCCACCGAUGGGGCAGUGGCAGUCGGCGGUGCGCGACGGGCUGUUAGAAGUCGGGGUGCAGCCGUACAACGGGUUCACUUACGACCAUAUAGUUGGGACCAAGGUUGGAGGGACCAUCUUUGAUAGGGAUGGGCAUAGACACACUGCUGCUGACUUGCUACAAUAUGCUAAUCCUACAGGGCUUACUGUUCUUUUGCAUGCAACUGUGCAUAAGGUCCUCUUUAGAACGAAAGGGAGACAAAGGCCUUCGGCCCAUGGAGUGGCCUUCAGAGACGCAUCAGGGAUCAGGCACAGGGCUUACCUUACGAAUGGGCCCAGAAGCGAGAUAAUCAUAUCAUCUGGUGCACUUGGAAGCCCACAACUCCUAAUGCUUAGUGGAGUGGGCCCUGCACAGCAUCUUCAGGCCCACAACAUCACCGUGGUGUUGGACCAGCCCAUGGUUGGUCAAGGCAUGUCGGACAACCCCAUGAAUUCCAUUUUCAUCCCUUCUCCAAUCCCUGUUGAGGUUUCACUAAUUGAAGUAGUGGGCAUCACCGGCUUUGGAAGCUACAUUGAAGCCGCCGGCGGCGAGAACUUCGCCGGCGGUAAUCCAAGAGAUUAUGGGAUUGGUGGUGAUUUCUUACUAGUUAAAUUAAUUUUUUGUUCAUACUUUCAGAUAGGCCAGCUGGCCACUGUGCCACCAAAGGAAAGGACCCCAGAGGCCCUAGCUAGAGCUGUGCAACUUAUGGACAGUCUUGAGGAUGCGGCAUUUAGGGGAGGGUUCCUUCUCGAGAAAAUAAUGGGCCCGAUUUCCACGGGCCAUCUGGAGCUCCGAACCCGUAACCCGAAUGACAACCCGGCCGUAACCUUUAACUACUUCAAAGAAACCCUAGACUUGCAAAGAUGCGUCCAAGGCAUCUCAACCAUAGAAAGGAUAAUUGAAUCAAAAUCCUUUUCUAGAUUUAGAUAUGACUAUAUGUCCGUACCGACAUUACUUAACAUGACGGCAAGUUCACCAAUAAAUUUGCUGCCCAAACAUGCCAAUUCCUCCACUUCUUUGGAGCAAUUUUGUAAGGACACAGUCAUGACCAUAUGGCAUUACCAUGGAGGCUGCCAGGUUGGGAGGGUGGUAGAUACUGAUUACAAGGUUCUCGGUGUUGAUGCCCUUCGAGUCAUCGAUGGUUCUACUUUUAGUUAUUCUCCGGGAACUAACCCUCAAGCCACCGUUAUGAUGCUCGGAAGGUACAUGGGAGUGAGGAUACUAGGUGAGAGACUUGAUGCGGAGGAAUCAAAGUAACCAUUUCAUCAAUAUCCUUAGUGCAAUUUUCUUCUCCUAAACCAUGGCCGUUAGUUGUUCUAUUGAAAGAAAUACCAGAACUUACAGUUCUUGUGUCAAAAGGGUUCAAAAAUAGCACUCUCAUUGUGAGAUUUGCUGU